AUGUUCCGGCGCUACACCUCACACAAAUGUCAAAGUCAGUGUGUGGCUGAGCUGCUGCCUGCUUCUCCGCCUGUGGUUACUGGUGCCAUUUUGGGCAGCCCCGAAUUCAAGUUUGUGGCCCCUCUGGGAAGCAUCUUUGUCCUGUGCCAAAAAACCUCCGCUGACGUGGAGCAUGGCAUCAGCGAAGGGGGCGAGGAAGCUAUAUCAGAGCCUUCUCCAGUUUGUCCAAGAGCCAAACGUGGAAACUCACCGCCACGGUUUGUUUUGUGA